UUAUGGGUACAGCAUGGGGUGAAUUGCAUAAGGUUACCAAAGGCAACUGUGACAAUGGUGGCUGGUUCAGCCCCUGUCCGUAGUUUAGAAGCCGCCGGUAAAGCCUCUCCGCUCUGAUGCAGCGGAUCACCAGCCUCGCUGCAUCCUGGGAGCUCGGCGGCCUCGCAGUUUGCUCCCCUGGGCUCUGCUUCUGGAAGUGGGGCCUGAUCUGCAGCAAGGACCCGGCCUUGAACCGGCAGCGGACAGGGGUGUGCGUGCGUCUCGGGCGCCCUUUUACGGCGGUGAGUGGAGCUCAGGGCCGGAGGCUGUGCUGGCGAAGGGUCGCGUUCGCCGGUCAGAAACACAGACUGUUCAGCUCACAGCCUGGAGCCGAGGAUUCCCCAGAGAAACAACCGGCUAUAUCUGUGGUUGGCAUCCCGGACCCCCUCACAUGGAUCCGGUGCAAAGUCAUCAUCUAUCUGGUCGACCUGUACUUUGAGACCAACAUCGACUCUGAGGAGUUUGACAAAGGAGUAAAGCAGGCUUUGGUCCAUGUCUCCAGCAUGAUGGCCAGUGGAAGUUACCACAGGCUGGUGGGAAUUGUAUCCAGAGAGAUGAUAGAAUAUGUUGAGGAGAAGUGCAGUUCUCUUUCAGAAGCUAAGAGGCAACAGCUAUCUGUUAAAAUGAGUGAUAUUGUAUUUGUCCUCCCAGAAGACAUCUCCGUCGUCUUUGAUACUUAUGGCAGAAAGUUCUGCUUCAUCACUAUGAGGUUUUGGUUCCUGACAACACAUGAAGGUCCUGAAGACCCUGAGGGUACAAAGAUCUUCAAAGUGGCCUCAAGUGAAGACGGCAGCCCACAGAAGAAGAUAGUCACUGCGGUCUAUGAAUUCCACCGAGAGCUGACAAGGGGAGCCUCUCCUGACUGGACAGUCACUACUGUUUGGCACUGGCACUGGAAAAUGGCUGAGUGAUAUGACUUUACACUGAAAAGCCAUUUGCCGAUCAUCAGAGAUCACAUUGGGACUACUUAUUGGAUGAAACAGGACCACAGCCGGAGCAAGCGGGAAAUUGAUUUAUCGAAUACAUUGUCUCUAAGGAACAUGAGAGGGGACCCAGAGCCAUACCACUGAAGCAGUGCAGACACUGAAGAUUUUACAACUUCUUCAACAAACACUUUUUUUCUACUUGAAAGUCUUCUUCAGACCCUAAGAUGCCUUUAAAAUUCCACUCCAGGGAUUUUACCGUUACACAGCAUACUUGAACAACUCCAUUCAAACAACUGUAGAA